AUGAGUUCUGAAUUACACCUCCUAAAAUCCAACGGGAGGGUCAGUAAAUCAAGGGAUGGGAAACCGUACCACACGGUAGUCAUGACGAAUCCAGAUACAGACUGUCAGCUGUUCAUUGCGGCGACAAGGCCGUUGCCCGACCCCAUCUAUGUCCACCUGCGUACCGCAGAGUGGAAACAGGCGCUCCCUCUCCACUACGUUUGGUUUCGUCAUGAUAAGGAGUAUUGUCCUUGCGCGUCUUUCUCGAAAACCCAUGACUCUCUCUUCGAAACCUGGCAGCACUUACACACGACUCUUCGUUAUCAGUCGAGCGAUAAUGCCUCUUACGCAUUCUACCCUGAUUAUGAGUAUGAGGAAGGCGAGGCCCUCGCCCACGCUUCACUGGUCGCUAGCUUAGCUCUUGGAAUGCCAAUUCCUAAAUGCUACGAACAUCUAAUCAGGGAUUACGGUGCCAGAAACCUCCAAAAGAUGCCGGAUGAGGUCGAAAGUAGUGAUGAAGAAUAGUACCCCUCUGACGAGUUUUUAUCCUAGGCAUCUAUAUCCGAGGUAUACUACUGUUUUUUUACCCUUGCUAACGGAAAAUUCUAGUUAGACAAAUCUUAGAUUGCUAUUUUCUAUCCCUGCUCAGUCUUCUAUUUAUUUAAUCUUUGACUUCGUCCAAUCCUUCUCUAGUUUCCAGUAUCAAAAUGGUUAAAUUCUAUUCUUUCCGUACAUUUCCAUCGCUCGGCCCCUAUGCAAGUCAAGAUCCAUCCUAAAAUUCCAUUCUAC